CUCUCUCUGUCUGUUAGCUUUCUUUCGUAUAUCUCUUCCUUCUUUGCUUCCUCCCUAGCAAAGAAGAGAGGAAAGGAGACGGCCAAGCAACAAAAAACCACCUGCCGGAGCAUCAUAAAUACCCGUUUAUGUGAAAAUUUUUGAAGCAUUUUUUUCGUUAGCUUGAACUUUGAAGGCUCGGAAGGGAAUUGGGGGUCCUUGCUUUCAAUUUCAUUGGUGGGUUUUUGUUGUUGGUGAAGAAUCAAGAUGAUGGUCGCAAGCAGUUUUGAUCUUUGGAAAAAGGACGUCUUCUUUCCUGCAGCUGAGGAGGUCCAAGAAUCAGCUGACAUGGAAAUGCUCUCAUGAUGUUGGAUGACUUUGUGAGCCAGUCAUGUUUGGUGAUUGCACUCUGAAGGUGAUGGUAGACGGUAGACCGCCCUAUAUCCCAUGGAGAGGUGAACUAUAAUUGAAAGAAUGGAAUCUACGUACAGGGUAUGGGUUCGACAGAGGAGUGAAAGGCUAGCACCAAAACAUUUGGAUGAACUCUGUAGGGAGCUGCAAACUGCUUUAGGUACUGCCAAAUGGCAGUUGGAAGAGUUUGAUAAGGCUGUCAGGUUGAGCUAUGGACAACGUGGUGAUGAUCAUACAGCAGCUAGACAUGGACAAUUUAUUACUGCUAUUGAAAACCAAAUUUCCCAAGUUGAAACAGCACUAAGGGAAUCGUUUAGUGUGGAAGGAAAGCAACCCCUUCGAUGGGUACAGCUGGAUGAAGAAGAACAUGAUGAUUUUGCUGCAUUUCUCUCUGGGACAUCCCAAAGUAUGCGAACUGCUAAAAAUGAACGUCUAGAACUCGGACCUUGUGGGAGCAGCUCUGGGGAAAGUGACAAUAGAAGAAAAGAGAUGAACCUUAAAUCUAGUGCUGCAUGCAAUGGAGACAUCUCUGAUGAAAUAAAGGGUGUUAAAGAUGUUAUUACUAUUUCCAAGGAUCCAAAUUUCGUCAUGGAAUCAAAAGGAAAAGAAAUUGCAGGAAUGAGGGAUGAUAUAUUUUAUGAUACAGAAAAAACAACUAAUACAAGGAAGGCAUGCAGUUCACCAAAUUACGGUGAGCUGAGGAUCGUAAUAGCGGAUGAAGUUGAACAGAGAAGAAAUCUAAUUCCGGGGUAUGAGGACACACCCAAAGAAAAAGGAUCUAAACUUGUCUUCUGGAGGCAAAGGUGUGGGCAAUUGCAUCAGGUAACUGGAGCAGUUAAUUUGUUCAACCAGAUGUUUGGUCGGGUUGGUGCAUCUCAGAAGCAAUUGCAAAGUCCACGGAAGCAAUGGCAAACACCACUACGCUUGCACAAUCGUUGUUCAGUUCAUGCUACCCUUGGUUUGAUGCUCACUGUUUUUUUGCUUGUACCGUUUGUAUUUUAUUCAAGUUAAGAAAAAGUGGUAAACACACUGUACCCGAGCAGGAUGAAGACUGAAAGGUAUUGAAGCUGUUGCUAUUGUGACAAGAACCGGAAAAGGGAAUGCUUGUAACUAACAUCGCCUCAGUUGCUUUUAGGGCUUUGGACGAAUAUGCCAAGUUACCCCUUGUUCGAGCACUAGGAGCGAAAGAGUCAACAUGAAUGAGGUAGCGAUCUUUUCAGAUCUCCUGAUGCCAUUAAAAAUGUAUAUGCAUUCAGAUAGCAUUUAAAACAUAAGAAAAAUAUUUGGUAAUGUAGACAUUCUACAGUCCCAUUACGCUUGAAACUUGAAUUAUAAUGUCAAUGGUAACAUUGUUAGGGGGUGAAGACUCAAAAUCCAUGUCGAAGAUGUACUUCACGAUUUGCUUUUACUUGUAAAGUGCUUUUUAGGGGUGCUUGAUUCACACAAAACGAAUGAUAUCGAUGGAUUCAUGCAUUUCUUUACCAACAUUUAGGUGAGAGAGUGGGAGGAUGGUGGGAUGUUAUGGGAAUUACAUUACAAUUCAGCUCCCUUGUGGGAUGAGAAUCAAGGAAUUCUGGGAUUGA